CGCGAGGUGUGGUCGUGAUCACAAGUAGCUGACAAUGAGGCGUUCUUGUUGAGCUCGCAGCUGGGCGAACAAAAGAUGCCGGAACGUUUGUGAAAGCGUCUUGGAAACGAUGUGGACAAAAGAGCAAACGGUUCACCUGGUUUUCACAUUUACUCCUUCAACGUUGUCACAUUUUGUCACGUUGCAACAACAACUGUCAGUUUUCUGUAUUUAUGUAUAAAUGUGAUAGACCAACACAAAAGUAGUGGUUAGUUUGGAUCUGAAAAGUGUGGCAGACGUAUCUUGUCAGACCUUUUAAAAACCAGGUUUCACAGCAAUAAUUAUGGCUAAUAUGUGUUUUUUUUUUUUGGGGGGGGAUUGGGGGUUCUUACAAAAUAACUCAGACUGUCAGAUUGGAAGAAAAGCAUCCAUGAAAACAAGUCAGAGACAGAAAUCCUCAAAAUGAUUUAGAUCUGUAGUUUGACUGAACCAUUGCCAGCACAUGAUGAUGAUGAUGAUGAGGUUGAUUGUUGUUUUGCUGGAUAUUUGCAAUCGCUGUCCUGCUGGAUGGCGUACUGUGCUCCCAUUUGCUCCAUCCUCCGUCUUUAUCAUUCUGCCUCUUUUUUUUUAGUUGGUUGUCUGUAACUAUAAACUGAUUUGCAGAGGAUUCCAGCAUUUUCUCCACACCUCAUUGUGAUUUGCUGCAACUUAGAGUGAAAUGUGAUGCCAAGAGAAGCCAAUGUAAACUGAGCUGCCUCCCAGCUCUGUUCUCAUUACACGCCUACUGUUGUCCUGCCGCGCCUGCUUUCCCUCAGCUCGUCCCCUCCGUCCUCUCACAUUAGUGUUCAGAGAGAGUCCUGUCUGCACACCGCCGGUCAGUUUUCUCCUGUGUUGGUGUCUUCUGAUGGAUGAAUAUGUCCACUACUAAUAAUAUCGCCCAGGCCAGGAAACUGGUGGAGCAGCUGAGGAUCGAGGCAGGAAUUGAACGCAUUAAGGUUUCUAAAGCAGCGGCGGAUCUGAUGAGCUACUGUGAGCAGCACGCUCGAAGCGACCCCCUGCUGGUUGGCGUGCCCACCUCUGAAAACCCUUUCAAGGACAAGAAGCCUUGCAUCAUCCUAUAGCUUCACACGUGCUUUUUCUUUUGCCCUCACACACACACGCAUACACACACAACAGAUUCUCCUAUUCACAUAGGCUCACACAUAAAAGUUGACUUUUGCAAUCAAAAUAGGCCCCCACCCAUCCUUAGACGCCAAGAAACCCCAGCUGGCGUUUGGGGGUUACACACGCAGUCGCUCCAAAUUUAGCCACUAAGAAACAGUGCCACAAUCCAGAACCACCACUAGGGGGCAGGUAUCUUGUCCUCAGAGCUUCUGAGAUGAGUUAAGCAUAGAGUAUGGUCCAAGGUGCUCGGUAUUAUUCCCAUAUGCUGGUGAAUUAACAACCACUUAACUUGAAAAGGGAUUUCUGACAUUUAACAAUUGGUAGGAAGCCCGUUUCUUUUCCACCGCCGGUCAUGAAACGAGGCGUCGGGUAAAUGAUGGGCAGCUGCUGCACAGGCAGGCAGUGGGAAGAAGCAUGUGGGCAACACAAAUAAGUGGUGGGCGCAAGGCCGACCGUGCCAAACACGACCCAGGGUCGCAUCGAAAAGCUCAAUAAACGCUUAAUCUUCUGCGGGAACUUUAAGAUUAAAAAAAAAAGAAAAGAAGACAAUCCGAGAGCGUUGUCUUUAGCUAGAGUCUUUGCUUUGGUCAGACCACAGCAUGUUCCCUCUCGAAUCCGUAUCAACAGACCUCUUCUCCGCCUGCGGCCUCUCUGCGGCUGCCUCCAGCCUUUUCUUGGCCAAGCCUCCAGCUGUGCCAACCUGUACAAAAGAAAAAAACCCUGUCUCUAGAUACUGAUCCGCUGUCGCUGGUUCCGCUGCGGCUCGAGACAGCUGCUGCCGUUGGUUCAGAGUCGAUGUCUUAGCCGACCUCAGAUCUGGACCAACCAGAGGAACUCUGCGAACAGCUCAACAAAGAACUCAAGCUAUUAACCGUGGACGUUUACUGGGUUUUUUUUGUUUUGUUUUGUUAUUUUUUUCUUAAGAAAUACUUGUUUGUGAACUCAAUGUAUGUUUAGGUAUUUUCUUGAAGCAUUGCUUAACAUUUAAGACAAUACUGUACUAUUUUUUUUUUUUGUUGUUGUUUUACCUUAACGGAAAGGAGGCGUUUCCCAUGGCCCACCUGGUUUGGAUCAGGGGUCUCAUCUCGUAAGAUCGUAGGGUCUCUACUGUACAUCAAACCUUCGUGUGCUUUACUUUACGUGGGAGCGAGGCCACAGACUGACCACUUUGGAGAAUCCAUCUUCUACAACGGAGAAAGUUUAAACCUCAACAUUUUCUGUGUUUUCAGCUCGUAUUUGUUGUUACACGUAAAGAUACAUGUAGGGAGUAUUUUAGAAAGAUGGAGAUGUACGUUGAUUGAACAAUCUGACACCUGCAGUGACUUCAAAUCCGGUCUAAACAGUAGGAUAAAUCCAUCUAAUGUGAGUUCACCACAAUCCAGAGACCGGCUCUUGGAUUCCCCCUUUCUGUGUCCUCUGCUCCUCCACCACGCUCCUCCAAUCUAACAAAACCAAACUUGAUUGUAAAACCUGAAAACGAAGAGGGAAGAAAAUGGCAUUAAGAGAAACAAACUAAGUGUAAAAACUUUCUUUCAGACGUGCAGAAGUGAUAAGUUGAAGAGUAGCUGUCUUGGCUUUUUUAUUUUUUAUGUUACCUUCUUUCUAUGGAGUCCAUGAAAGCCGAUCAGUUGAGUAUUAUUACCCUGUACAGUGUUUGUAAGAUACAGAAUCUAAACACAGAACUACCCCCCGUCUGUGGAUGUUGGAAUUUUUAACACUGCUUCCCUAUCGUCCGUCAAAGAUCAUGUCCGCCUUCUCAUUUUUCCUUCAGUUUUUAAAGGCUUGCGAGAGGUUGGUUUUAGCCAUAGCUAAAAAGGCAGCAGUCAGGAUUUUAACAAGUAAAAACAAACAAAAAUGUUGCAAGGUUAAAGAUGGAGUCUGUAAGGGGGAUUAAUCAACAGUGGCCAAAAAAAAAACAACCUCCUGAGCCUUCCUUUAAUACCAACGCUGCCAUUUUUGUUUUGUCUUAAGUGGUACAUUUUUGGGGCAACAAGCAACACAAAUGUCGUACAUCUAUAAUUUCAGAGGAGUGAUACUAUACGGAUUGAAACCGGACUUGACGCAAAUUUAAGCAAAGCUUUUCAAAAACAGAGUGGCUUGAUUUGCACGGUGUUAUGAUUUUAGUCGAUAGUAGGACGCAGUUACAGAGCAUGAUUGACUUAAUUGUUGCUCCUCUGUUGUGAUCCCCAUGUGACCCAGUUGUGACGCUAACUUUUGAAGGUUAUGAGAGGUUCUUCUGGUCCAUGCUUCCUCAUGCGUGUCUUGUAUUUUUUACAUCAGUGUUGCACAGAUCAGCAUUUAAAACAGACUAUGCUGAAAGGAGCCAGAUUGUGUCGGACUAUGUUUGUGUAUUUGUGUGUUUUUGAACGCUAAAAUCACCAGUUAGCCUAAUUCUACAUCUUUCUGUAAAAGACAUUGCUUAUUCUGCCUUUGGAUUUUAUUCAGAACAAAGAGAGCAGGCAGUUUCACAAGGAUAAGACUGCAGGUUGGUGGUGUGUGGCACAUAGUGUGCAUGUGUGUGUGUUGGGGGGGAAAGGAUGUGGUCUGGUGGUGUCUAAUUUAGCGGAGACGGAGUUGGGAAAAGACUUGAACUUGUUUGCAUUUGUAGGAAAAUUUCAAAGAAUAUUAGAGCACAGUGCCUCUUGUGUCGUAAAACAUGGCAGUGUUACAACCCUGUGGUCCUGCAGUUCUAGGUCAGGGUUAGUCUGGCCAGUGGAAAGGUCAUGCAGCUUUAGCUAGCACGUGAUAUUUUGGUGCGUCCGCUUUGUUACAUUUUCAAGGUUUUCAUCUAGAAAUACUUUUGACUCCUCAGUAUCCUAAUUUAUUACACGUUCCAAUAGGAUUGCUAUGUUUUUGCUGUCCAAUCAGAAGCAAAAUAAACUGAGAAUAGUCUUGUAAAAUAUGCACAAUUUGACAUAUCAUAAUCCUAUUCUCUGUAAAACAGUGAGAAAUCAAUUUUUAAAAAUGUUUUCAUUGUUUUCAACAGUAUUUUUGCUACUUUAAACUGAUUCAAGCAGUCUUUUGUCCUCUUUCUGCUGUAGUCAUUCACAACUACAUGGCCAAUCGAAACCAUCAACUGCGUGAAAAGGCAGAAAAGUUGCAUUACACUUCACACAUGGCAUGUUUAACAAAGACAAGAGUGCAUAAGUGCUGUUGAAUCUGUUAGAUUGCCAUCUGGUGAUCUGAAAGUAGCAGUCAAUAAACAGAAAUGAAGUAAGGUACAACCCAAUUUUGUAUUUUAUUCAGGAUGUCCCAGUAAAUUUGGCAACCCUAUCUGCCCCGCAAAUAAUUACAUUGUUUGUAAUAGUUAGCAUAGCAAUUGUUGUCAAAUCCCCCUGGUUUUCCAGAUUAACUCCCAGACAAAUCAAACAAAAUUGGGAUGUUUGACAUCCACUUAUUUAUUAAGGUGUGCUUACUUUAGCUGGAGAGAGGAGAGAAAAAAUGUUGCAAGUUAAAAUUGUUGUGAAAUUCACAUACCUAGCAUAUUCCACCAGUCAAAUUAGCUUGUCUUCAACUAAUUUGAAACAUCAUCAGUCAAUGAAGUCCGAAAGGACAUAUCAACAAAGAAUAAGCCAAGAUUUUCAGAACAUUUCUGUAAAAUAUAAGUUUUGAGGCUAACGGACAGUUUGUCUAUUAGCUUAAAAAGUGGAAACUGCUGUAGCAAAACUCACCAUUCAGUAUUUCUGUUGCUCAUUAUUUAAAUAAAAUGUUUUACUUUGCUUCAACUUUUCUGUUCAAGAAAAUGUAUAAGCUUUAGAAAGCUUGUGGGCUGAUUUUUCUAUUGCAAGUUUACCGUUUUUGAUUUGUUUUUGGUCUGAAAGCUAACUAAGCUAGCUUCAACUUACGUGUUAUUAAAAGGCUUUUUGAAACCAUUUAAUAUGACAAGCAGAAGGGACAUAGCUGUAGUAAAAUAAAUAUAGUAUGCUCUGUUUGGACAGAAAAUAAAUCUGAUUAUAAAAAUGUCUAAUUACUAAUUAAAAAUCAUUUUAAUUUAAUGCUUAAAAGAAUGAUUACACUGUAAUGCUAAACAAAUUGUGAUAUUUUACUAUAAAUACAGCUUAAUACCAGAAAGUUGGUUCAAUAUGUGGUGAAAAAAAGUAUAUAUAAUAAUUAUAACAUAGAUGUGUGAUUGUUUUUUGUUUUUUUAAUAAAUGGAUAUGGGGAAGGAGGAUAAAACUUGCAGGGGUCUAUUAAAGAAUAACAAGAGCAUGCAUAUCAUACCACUACGCACACUGUUGCCCUAAAAAUGUCUGACAAAUUUUAUUUUUUUACAUUCUUAUAUUUUUUCUCAAUCAUUCCAUCUCUUCCUGGGCUACAAUCAAAGACGGCCGGCCUGAAUUGCUGAUUUUGCCGACAGUUUGUCUGAUUGAUUAGUUGUUAGUUUGCCUUAUAGUGGCGUAUAUUGUGUUAAUGCUGGUUGUGGAGUUAUCAGAUCAACAGAACGAACAGUCCUAAAGCGGAGCAUGUGGCUCACGUUGCCAAUUCACAAAGUGAGCUCAACAAAGAAAUUCAUUUUCGGCCCUAGUGAGGCGAGUCUGAGGCUCUUUGCUGGUGGACUGUCAUAUCAAGCAUCACUCAGUUGGAUCGGAGUCCCAUCUGAGACUCAUCUUUGUGUUCUGAUCUCCUGUGUAUGCAUACAGUAUAUGUAUCCUUUUUGCCUUGAUUGAUUCUGGAAAAAAAAAAUCUAUUUUUUGUAACUGUUCUCUGAUGUGCCAUAACUCAUGUUUUCUUGCACACUGUUAAUAUUUUGUGGAUAUUGCUGUUAAAAAAACUAUUGAGAAGUAGAUAACAUUAAUAAAAAGAUGAUAUAACACAA